AUGACACCAAGGAUUUUCAUCACCAAAGGCAUGAUGGAUGAAUAUGUAGCACUGAGUUACGUGUGGGGAGAACCGCAGCCAUGCACUACAACCGAGAACAUCGAUGUGCGUAUGAAAAAACUUGAUCUCGAGGAACUACCGAAGACAAUCCAAGACGCUAUCAUUGCCACCCAUCGUUAUGGGCUACGAUACCUCUGGGUGGAUGCUCUUUGCAUUCUUCAGGACUCUCAGGCCGAUAAAAACUGCGAGAUUUCCGAUAUGAGACGGAUUUACCACGAUGCGCACCUCACCAUCGUCGCCGCAAGUGCUGGAAGGGUCAGCGAAGGGUUUAUGCAAGACCGACCAGAUUCAACUGUGGAGAGGGACACACGAGUGCCGUUUUUGUGUCCGGAUCGAACGUUGGGGUCCGUUUGUCUCUCGCCAGUCUGGAAACAGUAUGAAGAGUUGUCGGAGCCUGUCAGCAGUCGCGCCUGGUGUCUACAGGAGCGCAUGCUUUCACCAAGAUCUAUGAUCUACGCCUCACAUACAUUGCAGUACUGUUGUCAGACAGAAACAGUAAAUAUCGGAGACGCCGUGUGUCCAUCUGUCAGUGGAAAGCGGCUGCCCAGGGCCGUCUUUAACACUUACACAGGUGGGGUGGAUAGUAUCCCCUCGCAGCGGGAGAUGGAUGAAGCCAGACGCGCAUGGAAUUAUAUCCUGGAAGACUAUUCCCAGCGCAACAUGACCGCGCCUUCUGACAAGCUGGUAGCCCUUUCGGGUGUGGCUGCUCAGUUCCAACGUGUCUGGCCUAGGAGCGAGUACCUCGCCGGUAUAUGGCGGCAUACGCUGGUAGAAGACCUCCUCUGGCUCAAGAACUACGCAAAAAGGCACCCGCGUCCAGUGCAGUACCGCGCGCCAUCUUGGUCGUGGGCGGCAGUCGACGGACAUGUCAAUACAGGGACGGAAGACGAUUCAAGGCUGGACACUGACAGAUACAGUAUUUCGGAGUGUAAGGUUGUCUACUGCAGUGUGAUGCUAGCCAGCGAGAUGGUCAUAUUUGGUGGGGUAGUAGGAGGGGUAUUGCAGUUGCGUGCUGCGCUGGUCAGGGUAACGUGGAAUCCUACGGCGGAGAUGCCUGAUUUGUUUGUUUUCCGAGAAGGAGAACGGGUUUGUGUCGCAUGUUCAUAUCCUGAUAGUGCCGAGGAAAGCGAAUCUGUUGAAGAGGUUUGGGCUGUUCCUGUGAGAUGGAACCUUAAAGAAUCGUACGCGGUUGGUUUAAUUGUUAUUGCUGCUGAGGGGGGAGACUUUAGGCGCGUAGGCUACUUUCAUUCCACAGAAGAUUCAAAGGACUUAGGGUGGUUUGUGUUUGAACAGCUGGUGCAAGUCAGAAUUGUAUAUUUAUUUAUGUUGAAGAUUGUCCGCAACAUUGAUAAUGAAGCUGACUAG